GGAAACAGAUUGCAGCAACGUACAUAACAAAGAAGGCGGUUCUUAAAAAUGAAUUGAAGGAGGAUGCCAAAUGAAUCUGCACGACAGCCGAUGGGUGGACGUCUCGAAGAAGAGCCUUUAUUGGAAUCACUGUCCAUUGGCUAAAUCAGAAUCUGAAAAGACGUUCUGCAUGCCUAGCUGUCCGCCGAGUUGUUGGCACAUGUGAUUAUGACGUUAUUGCGAAGCUUCUUGAAUCGGUGUAUGAGGAGUUCGACAUCUUGGACAAAGUUAUUGCGACCAUCACUGACAACGGAAGCAACUUUGUCAAGGCCUUUCGUUUGUAUGGAUCGAAAUCCAAACACCAGAUGAUUACCCCCACUGUAACUACAGUACCUGCACCAGCCAUGACUGUUCGAGCGAGCACAUCUUGUGUUAGUAAAUCUAAUCGACUGGUUCAAGAAGAUGCUGAUAUUUUGGAUGUGCUUGACGAGGAAAAUUCUGAAUUUGACGAAACAGACGACGAUUGCGAUGAUAUCGGUGGUGACCUUGUGGUUGACGACCGAGAGGCGGUCGAAAAUAAAGACGAGGACCCUCAUGAUGAGGAAGAUGAACGCCACGAAUCGGAUAUAUUUGACCAAACUUUUCCUUUGAUGGACAUUUUAGAUGAACGUUUCACAUCUGAGAACAUCUACGUCUUGCCACCACAUCGACGCUGUGCAUGUCACACGUUGAACCUUAUCUGCAAAUGCGAUAUUUAUAAGAACAUGGAACCUUCUUUGUAG